AUGCGGUUCUCGGUCCCCUUCUUUGGCCUAGUCGCCUCUCUCCUCUCCACCGCCCUCGCAUACGAGCAGUGGUCAGCCUACAAAAUACCAGUCGACGAAUCACCAGCCGAAAAUUCACCAGACAGCGAGUGGAAUGCCGAAGAGUGGACCGCCAAGCUUUACGCCACCAACGACUGCAGCGGAGACCCGAUUGGCGACGGCGUGACGGCGCCGACGCGCGGCCCGUCGUCCAUCGGCAAGGUGAUCGACGUCGUGGACGGCGUGGCGUCGGUCUGGCUGCCGGAGCCCCCGGACGGGGAGUCGUGGAGGACGUACCGGGGCCGCGCCGUCCACUACGCGUGCGAGGGGACCCAGCUGGGCGCGCGGCACGCCGGCGGCUGUCAGCCUGUGAGGAGCGCCGGCGGUGGCGGACCCGAUGUCGGUUGCAUCAUGCCGAGCCGUGGGAUACAUGCGCGCUAG